UGUAUAUAUAAUAUAUAUACAUAUAUAAAGUAUUAUAAAAUACUGUGCAGAACCAUUAAGCUCCCAGGUCUUUUUUAGAGAACCCGAGCUUGAAGGAAAAAAAAUACCACCCAACUAGGGUGAGCAGAGAAAUAUAAAAAUAUUUAAUCCUGCUUUGUUGGGUAUCCUCAUAAGCGCAGUCUAAAAUGAGUUGGAUAACAUCUUAAGUUAACUUAAAGGGUUGUGAGAAAAUGAGAUGUGCAUCAGAGCAACAAAGGUAUCAAAUCAAAGAACAAAGGUAAUAGCAAUAAUUGUAGCUAUAUGGAUUAGUCUAUAUUUAAUUUAUAAUUUAUGCAGUUAGGGCUGUAAAGUGUUUGAUAACUUUAUUUCUGUAUAUUACCUACAACAAAGUUGGUCCUUUAAAGGUUUUUUUACAUGUAGUUCAUAUGCUUAGAUGGUUCUUUGCAUUAUACUUUUUUCCCGCCUUUUGUUUUUCAAAUCUGUAACUGUCAAAGCCGCAUCAUUUCUGGUUUUCUGUAGCUCAAGACAGACUGUCAACAUACUCUUAACAGGUAAAUUAUUUAUUUCUUAAAAUCUUUUAUUAGAUAAAAAAAGAUUUAAAUUGUAACUUUCAAAUUGUAUUAGUAAUAUAAAGAUACUAAUUAAUGAAAAUAAACUCUUAUUAAAAAGGGUAUUUAUAACAGCAGGUUGUACAUAGGACUUUAAAAGCACGGUUCUUUAUGGAAACUUUAAAAAAUAAAGGGUUGUAUUUAGCACCAAAAUGGAUUCUGCUAUUGUUAUUACAAUAUAAAAAUAUAGAAAAACUCCAAUGUUUUUAAUCACGAUUAAUUAGUUUAGGAAAUGGCACCACCACUUACUCCAGCUGAGCUGCAGCGUCGCUACAGGGCAAACAGAGAUGCAGACCCUGAGAGGAGAGAAAAGUAUCUGCAGAAAGAGAGAGAGAAAUGGCAGCGAGACAGGGAAAAAGAAACGAGUGGCAGACCUCAGUGAGCAUGAAAAGCGUGCCCAACGAAAAAAAAUGGAGAGAAAGAAAAAGAGAGGUGAAAGCCAGAGAAAAGGCCAGGGCAGCUAUACACUCUCCCCCAGCAACACCUACUUUACCUUCUGAAUUGAAAUCAGUGACAAAGGCAAAGACAGCAAGGUCAAUGUCAGAAAAAUAGAAAUAAAAAAGACUCCAAAGAGAAAUUGAAAAGCUUAAAGUGGCCUUUGCUAAAGAAAAAGCAAAAAAAGAGAAAUACAAGAAGAGGUGGCAACGGAGUCAGAUAAAGACAAAUGGUGAUGGCCAGUCCCCUCGUGCACAACUUUCCAAAAUUUUGACAAAUUCUCUUCAUCCUAGCACACGCAGAAAACUUCUGUGACAGGCCUCUAUCAUUGAAGAACUAAAGAACAAAUACAAGAACACAAGAAGCGAGAGAGAGAAGCAAAUGCUUGCAAAAGCCACCACAGGCAAUAUAAUAAAAAAAAUAGGUUACAGAGGCUUGCUCAGAAGACCCUUGGAUUUUCUCAGAAGUGGGUGAGACUGCAGGGUGACAUCUCCUUGUUUCAGUGGACAGCAAGGUACAGAGCAGCUGCAAGAGAGAAGGUGGUAUCAUUCUUCUUGAGAGUGACAACGGGUAAGAAAGAAACAGUCACCCAAAAGAAAAAAAAGAUGCAGAAGAGGCUGCUGACUGACACACUAAAAAACCUACACAGAAAGUUUCAAUCUGAAAAUAGUGACCAGGUGUCAUAUUCGUUUUUCUGUACCCUUAGACCAUUUUGGGUUGUAACACCCACUGAAAGUGACAGGAAAACAUGUCUAUGUAAAACCCAUGAAAAUAUCGGGUUCAUGGCCAGCACCUUCUUCAAAUGUGGGCUUUUAUCCUCCAAAAACCUUGAAGAGCUGGCUGAUGCGACAGUGUGCAACCCUGACUCAAAAGCCUGUGCAUAUGGAGAAUGUGUAAGUUGCUGCAGCACUGCUGUGACCAUGGCGAGACCUGCCUCCAACAAUGCUAUUUCACUCAACCAGCGGUCAACUGAGACAUCCACAUCCAAUGAGGAGAAGGCGGCAAUAAUAACUGUCAAAAAAGAACUGACCAAGACUGAGGAUGAAGUUGUUGAUCAAUUCCAGGAAAAAAUUAUAAAAUUCAAGCAACAUCUAUUCAACAUACGUUGGCAGUAUAGGGCCUACAGGCAACUAAGAGAAGAUCUCAAAGACCAUGAAUGUUUAAUUCAUGUGGACUUCAGUGAAAACUAUUUGUGCAAAUAUGCAAAUGAAGUGCAGUCUGUCCAUUUUGGGGGAUCCCAUCAGCAGGCAACCCUGCACACUGGUGUAUUAUAUACAGCAGCACAGAAGAAUCCAAUAGCAUUCUGCUCUAUUUCCCCUUCACGGAGACAUGAUCCACCGGCAAUCUGGGCACACCUGGAUCCAGUCCUGGAUAUGGUUCAGUCAAGGUUUCUCCAGGUGACUCAGCUCCACUUUGUCAGUGAUGGGCCGGCAACCCAGUACAGACAGAAGGGAAACUUCCUUCUUCUUUUCACUUUCUUCUAUACCCAUAAUUAUUAUUUUUUAAGUCACUGAGCUUGACCAGUAUGUGUUCCAUAUAGUUGAACAUGUCACUAUUUUGGUAGAAUGCUAAAAACAUGAAAAACAUGUAACCUUUUUCCCAAAAAUUAUGAAGCCAAAAUGUUACCGGAUACCAGGAAUGACCCUAACACGAUUAAUCUGACAAACCGAGAAGAAAUGGAGGAUGAUGAAGAAUUGGAGAGAAUGAUGCUUUCUAUAUCCCCAUCCAAACUCCAAGACCAACUGAAAGUGGAGGAGAGUGAAGAAUUGGGGAGGAUGAUGCAUCCCACAUAUUCAUCUAAAAUUCCAGGCCAACUGAGGAGGCGUAAACCACCAGCAACACUCUCAAAACCAGACCGGCCUGAUGAAUAUAGUGCUACUGCAUCUCCAAGGCCAGCCCUCCUCCCAGUGACCUCUGCACAGUCUACAGCCUCUACUCCUCCCUCAGGACCCCCUGCAGGUGCUGGACAGUCUUUCUCGGGACUCCCUGCAGCCUCUACUGAGUACCCCUCAACUCAGUUGGAGAAGAAGCAUUCUUUUCCACCACUGCCAAGCUAUGAGCAGGAUGUGAGCCGAUUGAACUGCUCUCAACAGCAGAGAAUCUGGAUGAAAACAGAAAUGGAAGCCUUGGGACUGUGGCCAGGUUCUAGACCGGUGAGACAUCCAAUGAACAUGAUCUCCUUGUGGCGUUACCCACCUCAGCCCGAACUUAUUGAUUCUGUCUAUGAGCUGCCAUCACCAAAAUACUUUCAACUUCAUCCAUUCUUCUUUUGGAAACCAGAGCACACCAUUAUGGAAAGAGUCUGCAACGACUACACUCUGCCAUGUCUGUACGGCAGUCCAAAUCCCCACGUUAUCUCAGCAGGAGUUGGACUACCCCGUGUCAUUAUUGGUACAAGCAGCCAGUACUACAUACUGGCGUCUCGGCUCAGCUGUAAAGUCUGUAAAAAGUACUGGUUUGCAGACAAACUCCAAUGGAUGGACAUGCUGCCGAGUCGGUUCUGCAACAUUUUGCCAGCUUUUCUGACGCACAAGAAAGCCAUAUGUAAGACUGUGAUGGAUGAGUUGCGGCGCACAGGAAAGUCUCCCAAUGAUAUGGCCAAUCAAUUGAAUGAAGCUCUCCACCUCAGGUAUGAGCGUGCACACCUGGCUUACCUGUCCACUGUUAAGAAUGUGCUGGAUGGAGACAGUGGACUUUAUGGUACUCCAAGGCACAUUUGGACAAGCCUUAAGGGCUGACCAUACCUGAAAGGUGGCCCGGAAGGUUGUGCUUGCAUCAGGUACUAUGUCAUCCUACGCUGUGGUGAAUGAAAACUGGAUGAUCUUGUCCUGGGUGAUGCUGCAGUCUGAAAGUGAUAAAUCCCUGGAGUCAAUGUAUGAGGGGCUGUCUCGUCGUUACAUUUUUGCAGGAGUGCCAAAAGCCAAGUACCAGUGGGUUGACAAAGAUUGCUGUGCUGCCUUCAGAAUCCCAAACCCUGAGCCCCAGGAGCACCUCCUCUGGGAUUCUUGGAAGACCACUGAGGCUAUAGUGGCUGAAGCAACCUCUGGGCAUCUCAUCAACACCUGUGCCUCCGGCAAAGAAUAUAACGACAUCAACAUCAAGCUGGACUUGUUCCACUGCAUGCGGCGGUUCUCCAGAGAGUGUGUGUCAGAGCACCAUCCACUGCACAGUGCUUUCUGCAAGUUUCUGUCAGCAGCUUUUAGUGUUGUGGACCAGACGGACCUACAGAGACUGAAGCAGGCUUAUGUCUUCUGUGGGAUAGUGCCUGCAAAUCCAACAAAGCAGCACAUCAGGGAGCACUGCCGCACCAGGGUCCCACACCCCAAAGAGCUGCUAGAGAGAGUGGAGAGCAUUCUCCAAAGAUUCUUUUUAGAAUGCGAUCCUGAUGGUGUGCCACUGUUCAAACCAUCGAUGUUGAAGGUGUGGAGGAGUCCACAUCCUCAGAGGCUGCCUGAGUGACCCAGAGGUUACAGAGGGGAUCCUCUAUAGGCAUGGUGGAACAGUCCAGCUGAACCAUGUGAAGGGGAGGCAGCAGCUGUACCCGUGUGGAUCCCUGUGAGAGGCACCUCUCAGCAGGAGGGGUUCCAUUUCCAUCAGGCGAGAUGGGUCACAGGCACUCAGGUAUCCACAGAACUUAUACAGGCACAGGGCAUGAUUGAAGUGGCCCGCUGGAAUUUCCAGUGCCUUGUGGACCUGAAGCAGCCUGGAGUGAAGCUGCCUGAAGUUUUUGAUCCUGUGCUGAUCAUGGAACUGAACAAGCUCUCAGACGUAGUGACAGGCCAGGCCAAGUACCCUGCCUUACUUGUCUCACAGACAGACACCAGUGAAAGGUUUGGACUGCAGUAUGUGGAGCCUGGUUGUCGUCCUGUCCCCCUGAACUGGGACAAGCUACAAGUCCCAGAAAGUACCUAUUGCAGGGGAGGAAGAGCAUCAGUCCUAAGAGCUGUCUGCUCUCAGUGAGAGAUUCCCACCUGAGGAGGUGAGGGAGGAACACUUUGCUCAGGAUGACAUCUUUGGUGUGGCUUCUCUCGGCUCAAAAACAAUGAUCCAGCCUGCACAGCCCACCAAAGUAAAAGAUGAGAUGACACCACCACUGCCCUUUGCUCCCUCUCCACAAGCUGCUCGCACAGGUCCCAUCAAGGCAGGCGGUCUACUUUUUGUCCUGGACCAUUUUCGGUGGACACAGCCCAUGAGGGAUUCCAUUGAUGGCUUUCUGACAAAGUACCAUGGGCAGAAAGACCUUCUCACCCAGGUGGAUGCGGAGUAUGCUGCCCUUGUGCAGGCUGCCUCCAGGGAUCCCAAUAGCCUCUUACACCCCACCACGAAACAGCAUAUCUCACGUUAUGUGCAACACCUGGCCAAGAUGACAAACACAAGUUCAUACCUGGAGACCCAGCAGCUGUGGCAUCACCUCACAGAAGGUAGUGAAACCGUAAGUGUACCAGUGGUAACCCUCCCACCUGCCCCAGUGAACCCACCCAGCAAUAAGCCCAAAGAGUUCCUGCUAACUAAGGGUGAGAUUGAACAAAUGGUGAAAGAUUGUGGAGAAGCAGCAGCAACAGCAGCCUGUUAAAAAGAGGAUACGGAACUGUCUUGCUUGCGGCCAGCCAAAGUCACGUUACCUUGGUGAUGGCUCCUCCAUUCAUUUUUUUUUAUCAGUCUGCGAAUGUGAAGUAGUUUUACAGCUCUACAAAGGUAUACCAGAUGUAUGCAGCGGAAGGCCUCACCAAUCCUCGAAUGCCGUUUGCUGACUUUGCUGAAACACCUUUUUUUUAAACGAGAGCUACAGGCCAAAGCAGCGUUCUGCAGAGGCAAGACAGGUAAUGGAGGAGCGGAGAAAGAGAAAGGCCAUGGAGCAGCAUCCCACUGGUUGCCUCUGUAGGUUCUGCCACAAGCCACUCAAACAAGGCCCAGAGAGUCCACACAUACAUACUGGCUUCCCCGGUGUGGCAGGGAAAUAUGUCUAUUGUCCUGCCAGAGUGUUUUCCCUAUAUCGGACAGAGGGGAUGACUCACGAGAUGACUUGGGGAGAGUUCUGACAGUCUUCCUUUUAUGAGGCUGAAAGGAAGAGAUGGACAGCAGAAAAGGGAAAGUGACUGCCCUCAUGUUUCCUGGUUUUGAAUGUAUGUAUUGUAAUUAUUGUAUCAUAAAAAUAUAACUCGGUAUCUUGUUUGUUAUGCAUGUCUGUUACAUGUUGAAACCACCGUGGUAUGUUCUUGCCUUAUUUGUCUUUCUGUUUUUUGUUUUUUUGCUAUGUUGACUCCAUGCAGGAUUGUAAAAUAUAAAAAAAUCUGCUUAACUUUUACUGUGUUAUAUAUGCAUCAUUUUUUAUUUAUCAGUGGAAUUUGUUUUUACCAUUCUUUCAAAACAUUUUCAAAACUCUAUGAUUAUUUAGAUGAUGGAAAGCAUAUAAUAUUUCUUAAGCAUGUUGUUCUAUUGUUCUUACAUUUUAUUAGUUUAUUACUUUUGGCACAAUCAUAUUCAUAACUGUACUAUAUACAUGUGCAUGGACAGUAUCAUCUGUUUAACUGAAAAAAGUACUAUGUAGCCUCUUUCUAAAAAAGCAUGUUCUUUUUUUCUUGCUUUUUUCCUGUUUUCCACAACUUUAGAUUUUAUAACUAUUAUUAUUAUUAAUAUUGUUGUUGUUGUUGUUUAAUCUAUAAAUGUAAAUUGUUUCAUUUAUUUCCAUUUGUUCAUUAAAAUAUCAAGUAUUGGCCUUGUUUGCAUUGCAUUUUAGUGUUUUUUAAAUUAUUUUUAUUUACUUGCAUUAUUUUAUUUUGAUUUGUAAACACUAAAUAUGAAUAACUCUUACUAUUAAACAUACAUAAUUGUACAUAA